AAAAAUGCAAGACCGGUAUAAAAUUUAAUUUUAGAGAGUUUGGUCAUAAGAACACACCAGAAGUAAGGAAGCAAGACAAUUUUAUCCUCCUCCGAGAAACAUCAAACAUUUUUUUAACGAAUCUAUAUUAAAUUUAGAUAAAUGAUGUCAAGCUUAACAUUUGGUCCACAAUGGGUAAGAGAUUUGUCAAGUGGGGACAGUGGUGCUGCUGCGCCACCAAACACACCACCUCCUCGCAAGUACAAAUUAGCAGAAUUUCGAUAUGGUCGUGAGGAAAUGCUGGCUUUACUUUCUGAAGAUUAUGAAAUUCCAUUGGGGUUAAAAGAGUUUGAGGAUAUUAUAAAUGAAAGACCUGUUGCACCACUGGCUUUUAUUCCUGUUUCUGAGGAAGAAGAGCGAUGCUUGAUUGGUGGUGUAAACAGUUUGCUGGUCUUAAAAAUGACGGGACGCGGUGGACCAGGAAUGAGAGGAAGAGGUGGAAUGAGGGGUGGAAGAGGUAGAGGAAGGGGUGAUUAUUCCCUACAUCGCUCAGUUUCUUCAACUGAUGAUACAUAUGGUCAAAGAUCUUGGGCAGAUUCAAGCCUUUCACGUGGUGGGUUUCAUCGACCUGUUGGGAGAGGGGAAAGUCUUGAAGGUGGCACAUCUCGCCCUGGAUAUGAUUCACGGGCUCGGUUGUCUAGUGAAGGAGCAUAUCCAGCAAGACCAGGUGAAUAUUGGAGAUCUAACAGUCAAGAACCAGCUGCUGCAACAACCCCUGGAGAGGAUGAAUGGAGACAGACCUUAGCUAAUAAACCUUGGACUGGAAAGAAGGGGUCUGCAGAUAACAACCGCAAUUGGAGGGAUGCAAAGGAUAACCAAGUACACGAAUCAUUAACACGCACUAAGUCUUGGUCACGCAUGCAAAACAACGCGGAGUCAGACCUACCUGAGUGGUGCAUGGAUGACAGUGUUGAUGGUAGCAUGCCAGGUAGUUUUGAUGCAUCUGGUCAGUUCAGAGCUUUUAAAGAAAAGGGCAAUGGUGACGAAAAUGAUAAAGCUUCUGAGCUGGUUGAAGACGCAUUUGAAGAUGAAAAAGAACAGGAACCACAAAAUAACGACAGCAAAAAUGAAUUAAAUGGCACAAAAACUUCUGAAAAUAAAGACACAAAAACAAAAUCGAACACUAAAGAAAAAAAUAAAAUAAAAUCUGAACCUGACCCUGAUAAGGAAAAUUUGAAGGUUUCUAAGCAUUCACCUAUAGCAAACAAUGUUAAACCACCUGAAAGUGAAGAUAAGCUAUCGAAUGAACAAGAAAAAAAUGAGAAAUACCAACAACCACAACAAAAUAACACUAGUCAAAAUACCACUCAAAUGCCAUCUAGUGAACACAAAACUAUAGACGAAGAUUACGAAUUAAACCUAGAUCACAUUACAAGCAUGGUAGCAAAACUUGAUGAUGAAUCUGAUGAAGAAGAACGUGUUAACAAAGGUGUGCCUUCUCAUGCCUUGGCAUCACAAAAUUCCUCUGUAGAUCCCAGUAUUGUGUUUGCGAAAAAAGCAGAGCCUGGUAAAUCAAUAAAUGGUCUUCAUGAUUGGAUCUAUCGCGAUCCACAAGGUGAAAUCCAAGGACCUUUUAACAACGAUGAAAUGUUGGAAUGGUUUAAGGCAGGCUAUUUUACGAUGGGAUUACAAGUUCGAAGAGUAUGCGAUGAAAUGUUUUUGCCACUAGGAGAUGUUAUCAAGUUAUGGUCCAGAGUUCCUUUCCUUGCUAAAAGUCAGCCUCCACCUAUAACAAAUCAGAUGUUGUUACAACAUCAGCAGGCACAGCAGAACCAACUACAACAACAAACUCAACUCCAGCAACAAAACCAACUGCAACAACAAACCCAACUACAACGUUUACUUCAGCAACAGCAGCAGCAACAAAUGAGGCAAGCUUUGCUGAAGCAGUUACAGGUUCAACCAGAUGGCAGGCCACAGGAUUUAGGUCUUCCUGCAGAAUUAUCUGUAUGGGGUGAUUCGUCAAACAAUGCAACACCAAGUUCUGUUGCAAGUCCUUGGACUCCAACACAGGAACAAAAUGCUUGGUCCUUACGAAAAUCACCUCAAAAUGCUUUAAGUUUGCGGCAAAUAGAGGAGGACCAACAAAGACAAAUUCAGUCUAAUGGCAUGAAGGAAGAGAGAGAUGCUGAUAAUAAAUCCCCUAAGGAAGAAGAAGAAGGCAAUGUAUCAGACGGUGCUCAAAAAGAGGAAGAUAAUGGUGAGUUUAAAACAGCCGAAAGCCCAAAAAAGAAAAACAAGAAAAAGUCCAAAAACAAAACAGAAGAUGAUGCAACAGAUAAGAAACAGCAAGAAGCUGAACAAAAAAACCGUGAAAAGGAAGAGCUUCAAAGAAAAGCACUGGAAGCAUUAAAGCAGCAACAGCAAUUUCAACAGCAACAGAAAAUUGCAGAACAGCAAAGGUUAUUAGCUGAACAAAACAGAAGGGAAGAGGAAAUCAGACUAAAACAACACCAGCAACAACAACAACAAAUGCAACAACAUUUAUUGUAUCAGAAAUAUCAACAAGAACAACAAAGAAAACAACAACAACAACAACAACAGCAGAGUAUGGCAUCCACAUGGUCACGUGUUUCAGCCUCAAACUCAGCUCCCUCUUUGGCAGAAAUCCAACGAUUGCAAGAACGAAAAGAGGCCGAGCUACAAGAGCACAUGAAAGCGAUUCAACAGCACGAAUUGAUGCAACAACAAAAGAGAGCUUUAGCAGCAAGUUGGGCGCAGCAUCAAGGAUACCAGCAGCAACAACAACAAAAAGUUAAAUCUUUGAUCGACAUUCAAGCUGAGGAAGCAAAGAAAGUAAUGCAGCAGCAACACAUAAAACAACAGCAUCAACUGAAGCAACAACAGCAGCAGGCUCGACAGCAACAACAGGGCUACAACUCGCUGCCAUGGAAUGCUGCUGGUCAACCGAUCCACGCUAAACCCAACAAACCGGACUCAAACGCUAUGUUUUGGGACGAUGUUAUCGGGUUGCCAUCAAGAGUGAAUGGUUCUAUGAACAACCAACCAAAGGCGCAACAACAGAGAAAAGCUUACAGUGAUUUUCCUCCAGUAUCAACGAUGAAUAAAAUGAACAAACGAGACAUCAAAGAGCAGGAAAUUGUUAACAGGAUAUUUCAAGCACCAACGCCAAGUUCAGACUUUGUGAACUGGGUUGAACGAAAUUUACCUGCUGUCAAGAGAGCUAUCGAUGUGCCGACUGUUGUAUCCUUUCUUCAAGAUAUUGAAUCACCUUAUGAGAUUCACGAAUACAUGCGCACAUAUCUGGGUGACAGCAAGGAACAGAAAGAAUUCGUGCGAGAAUUUCUGGAACGUCGUAAUAAAACUGAUCCAAACCAACAAAGUGCAAAGAAACUACCAGGAAAGGUAAUGGACAAUAAACAAUCGGCUGCCGGUACGCCAGACGACGAUGGCUUUGAAGAUGUAAAGAAAAACAAGAAGAAGAAGAAAAUGCAGAAAGUAAAUCCUAACCUCCUCGGAUUCCAAUGCAAUGCUGCUCCAGAAAUUUUAAAUCGAGAAGGAGAAGUUGAAAGCGUGGCUACUGCAGUUGCGAAAGGGAAGAAAUAAAGGCUGAUAUUAUUUUUUUUAUAUUUUCGUUAUCAUUUUUCUUGGGGCAGCAAUUCAUGAUUUUCUGAACAAUGUUCACAUUUUUUUAUCAGAUCUAGAAAAACAGGCUCAAUAAAUUUUCUCGUUUAUAUUUCGUUAUUCCUAACAUUAAACUUGAUCUUCGACACUCUGUUUCGCGUUUUUAUCUUACGUUCUUCGUUGUUUUGUGUGGUGGUGUAAAUGUAUUUGUUACUUUUUUCCUUUCCUUUUAGUGCAGUUGUUUUUUUUGUCAUAUAGAGACGGGUUUUACUUCUAAAAUAGAAGCAUCUAGUACAUCAAUAAUCAUCAUCAUUAGUUUGUUGUUUUCUCUCAUUUUAAACGGCGUAUGAUCCUAUGGUUCUUGUUUCAUCACAUUGUACAGAUAUUAUUGGCUUGUCAUUAUUAUAAAACGAUAAAAAUCGAUUGCUUUCUUAUCGUUACUCGAAAGCAAUCGAUAGCUUACUUUAGUUUUAAUAAUCUAACUAUAUAAUGGAGAUAUAUUCGACACGAUCCGUGAUAAUACUUGUUAGCGUUACUUUUGUAUAUAUUCACCGGAUAAAAUGUCAGUAACGAAACAUUUUUUUUAUUUUAUGCCACUUCAAAUUGUUUUAUUUGUAUCCAUGGAAGUAACUUUCUGGUACACAUAACCCAUGUAUGACUUUUCGUUAUUGUGCGUAAAGGUCUUUUGUAAGUAAAAGUGAAAAGUUCGAGUUUAAACCAUCUUUUUUGAGUUUUUAUAUAGGUACGCAUUUAAUCACUUUACUUCCAGUUUCUUUCAGUGUUUUUACUGAUAGGAGCUAAUAAACUUCCUGUUGACGAGGUUGUUUUUAUGUUGUGUUAUUGUUUUUCAUCCGGACCAGACUGUUUAUAGAUGAUGGAAAAAUAAAACAGAGCAUAUAAAA